ACCCCUUCCCCCCGUUUGUUCCUUUCUUCCAGCGGUGCACGAGAAGAAAAGGGAAGAGCCCAUUCCAACCUCAUGGUUCUGGCGACCCGCCAUCUCCGCCAUCUCCGCCGUCGCCGCCUCUUCCCUCUUUUCCCUCCGCCCUUCCAUCGCUCCAACCCCCACCAAAACCAUAGCCCCUUCUCCUAUUCCGACCACCUCACAUGCUCUUCAGCCUCCUCCAAUCCCAAUAUCCAAUCUUUCUACGCUAAAAUCCCCUCCCGCUCCUUCUCAUGGCACGCCUGGACCGGCGGCACAUCAGAUGACAGCGGUGGAUCCGCCUCCGGCAGCGGUGCCGGAGGUGACAGCCUCAUUGGGAACUCCAAAGAGGGACUGGAGUUCAGCCCUGUGGAUGGCUCCGAAACUGGAGCAGGGAUCUCGAGUCUCGGAUCCGAUGGCUCGGGGAUGAUGGAGGAAACGGUUGAAGAGAGCGUGUGGUAUUACCCAGUCCUCUCUGUGAUUACUCUGCUUGAUGGGUACCAUGAUCUCACUGGUCUUCCAUGGUGGUUAAUAAUCUCCACAUCUACGUUGGCCCUGAGGGUGUCCCUACUUCCUGUGCUUAUUUUGCAACUUAAGAAGGCUGGAGAAAUUGCAAAAUUAUUCCCAAAAUCAAUUAUCCUUCAGAAAUCCGUACAUCCGGAUGAAGUUGGGUUUGCCAGAACAAAAGGUUCAGAUGAGGGAUAAAAUUUCCAACGAGAAUGUUCUGCAUGAGAAGAGUGGUCUAUUGGAGCAUGCAAUCUCUGCAGAAACUUUAUCUCCUGAGAAAUUGCUUGAUCUUGCUCUUGAUAACUUGUCAGCAGGCCAGCAAGAUAAGGCUCUUCCAUUGCUAUGACAGAAUGGCAACUGACAAGAAUCCUGAACUGGUGAGGGCUUGGAUAGCAAUGGGGCAAAUUCUGUGCUCUAAAGGAUUAUUUUUGGAAGCAUCUGAAUAUUUUGAACGUGCAAUCUCAAAGAUUCAAGAGGAGGAGGAUGCUCUUCGAGUUCUUGCAUAUUUCGGGGCAGGUGUUUCACAUAUAUGGCAGGGAGAUAAAUCAAUGGGGAUCGAGCACUUGAAAAGACUAGCAGAGUUGAAGGAGCCAGAUGGUCCUAUGGACAGAGCCUGCUACUAUAGAGGAUUGGUGAUGUUAGGAAGGUACAUACCUGAAGAGUUUUCACAUAGUAUUUGUACUUUCUGCUAGCAUUUCAUGUGAUGCCGCACAAAUGCGGAAAAAGAGGAGAAGAAGGAAGAACAAGAGAGAAAGAAGGAAGAAGAGGUUCUAGAGACACAGGAAGAAGAGAAGGGGAGGAGGAGGAGGAAGAAUAAGAUCUGGGAGGAAAAGAAAUUCUUAAUC